AUCGCGUACUUCUCACGUCGAGAUCUGUCGAGAUCCGGACGAUCCGAAGCACUUGGCGCGAGGGAAAUUGAGGGAAAUCAUCUGUAUCGAAUAUCGGAUCUUCGAUCUGCCCACUCCGAUUAUCGAAGGAUUUUUAAGUGAAAAGGCAAUUGCCCCAAUGUGAUAAAUACGAAAAACAAAUUUCGAAUUACAUGACCAAGCUAUCGGCGGACCCCGAUGUGAUUGUUAACGGGAGCAGCGUCGUAGUAUCGACGUGGUGAGGAUAAACACGACGAGGCCACUUCUUACGAGGCUUACUCCUUAGAAGUUGAAGGGUGAGAGGUACGCAGAAAAACGGUAAUAGAAACUCGAGACAAAGAUGACAGGGAAUGUCGAAAUCGCUGCUUUGCUGGUGUCACUUAUCACAGAAUUGACUUUCGGGGAUGUAGUCAACAGUAUCUUAAGUCACAGGGAUCCCUGCAUCAGUCUGUGUGAGAAGACUCCUAUUGGUUUCCCAGAUAGCAUGUAUUUAAAGUCCUGCUGUCAACGAGGCUGCCGGUUCUUUAAUCUAGUCGAUGUACGCUAUGGAUGGGAGCAAAACAGUUUGAAUGGCACUAGGAGUGCCUGCGAGGCUUCAUGUACUGAGGCUUACACAAAUCUGAAUGAUCGCUACGUCUGUAAUACCGGUUGUAACUUCAUGGCCAAGCAACGAAUUUCAGACCUGUUGUCUCUAUUCACUAUUGCCGUGUGCAUGGAAGAAAGUGUGGAUAUUUUACCAAUGUCGCCUGACAUUCCAGAGAAUGAUAUAUUGACCGAUCCUGGACUACGCAAGGAAUUACUUCCUAGAUGGUGGGAUUCUGAUGGCUUUAAAUUGCCACAGACCCAUGUUAAAACCAUACCAAUGGACGCUAGGACUGUGGAUUAUACUCUAUUCUCUGACUAUUCCGGGGAAACUAAACAACCGGCAGCCACGUCUAAAUCUGAAUCGUUUCAACGGGAAAUGGAUCAGGUGAAAGACAUCUCCAUUCUGUCUUUUGUGUUCGGACGACUUUACGUGAUUUUCGUCCCUAUGAUAAUGUCCGCAACGACGUUAUACCUUAUAUCGAGGAAGGAUAUCUCGGAUAAAAAUAUGCCUUAUAAAAAUAUCAACUCUUCGUCCGAUCUUACGUUAUUUAUACCGGACGAAGCGGUGAUGUACAAGGUACCGCCACCUAAAUACAAUGAAUCGUCCAGUCGUGCCGUUUAAAUCUCGACGUUUCGAUAAAGAUUUAAUGCGCGAUUUAAUUGUAUCGCAUUUUAAAAGCCUUAGCAUAAUAUAAUAGUGCAAUGAUACGAAUAAUAAUUACUGUGAAUAUUCUUUGAUUUUUAAUCGCGCUCUAAAAAUUUAGAUUGCAUUUACAGCGUGUGCAUUAGGGAAAUCAAAUUGUUCUUUUUUUAUAAAUUGAUGAUAGAGUAUUUGUAUAUGCGCGUAUUUAGUAUGUUUGACAUAACUUGAAGUAAUAACCAUGAAAUGGUAGCAAGACAAAGCCAAACUUAUUCGGCAAUAUAAAUUUUUCAAAUAAAAUUAUGCUCUAUUAAAUAUCGAGCUUUUUGAAGACUUUUAUGUUAAUAAUUACAUUACAGACUGAUCUAUUAGUUUUUGACGUGUAUAUAUCAAGGAAGAUACAAACUUUUAAUAUCAAAUUGCGAAACCUUUACGUCUUUUCUGAAUGCGAUUACAUAAUUUGUAUAUGUAUAUAUUUAAGUCGAUAUGUGAAUUAUCAUACAACGAACAAGUUCAAAUUCGCAGAAGGAAUAGACGUAAAACUUCUCCAGCGACAAUAUAGGUACAUAAUCAAAAAGUUUGAUUUAAUCGCUCUAAUUGUUUCGUGGCAAGCCAUUAUCCGAGAGUCAAAACGAUAAAUAGUACAAUAUAUAAAAUCAUGGAGAAGGCUUUGUGCACGUCGUGAUAUAUGAUAUAUUGAAAUCUGUUUACAAGAGAAUAUUGUAAGGUAUAUAUAUAUAUAUAUUUUGUAUUAAAGAUUUAUGUCUCAUAGUCUCUUUUCUCAUAAAAAAAAGAACUGAAAUUUGUCCAUGCGAAGAUUUCUUUAAUUUACGUUUUUGCUUAAUAGAUUAGAAUUGUAUUUGCAGUUUCUUCAACAUGGCACAUUGUUUUUGUCGUGUAGCACACUCGUUACAGUGCGAUCGAAAUAUUGUGUUCUUGUAAACAAGAAAAAUACGAGAGAAUUAAGAUUAUCUUUGCGGAUUAUAUAAAAUUAUGAUGCGAUAUAUACAAGUAUAUAAUUACACACACAACACACAUUUUAGUAUACACACGCCUUUCGCGCAAAUCUUUUCGGGAUUUUUAUAAAGCAUCGUCUGUAUCAUAUGUUAAUUAGAAUUUGUUUAUAGCAUACAUAUUGUAAGGUGAUAUAUUGUUACAUACAUAUAUAACGCAAUUUCAAUUUAAUAGCAAUUGAUUAAAAUCUUGCUCUUUAUACACAAGAUGACAAAGUAUUAGGAUAUUGACAUGUUACGUUUAUACAUUACGUUAGAAAACUUUCAAUUCCUAUUUGAUCUUGCAAAGCAAGAAUUACACUUUUUAAUCUCACACGUGAAUAACGUUACAGCUAAGCUUUUAUCUUUUCCUUUUUAUAGGACGUCUAUAUAUGUUUUAUGUAAGAAUAUGUUGAAAUCUUCAUGCAAUGAUUGAUUUUAAUAGCGUCGCGAUUUUGGACGCAGUCUUGAAAGUUUCAAACUAAACUAAAUUUACAACCUAUAGGAAUAUAUGUAUAAAAGUAAAUGUUCAAGUUCCUGUUUGUAAGACUUAUACUCUUUGAAUUAAAUUUCAUCGUUAUUGAUAUUUAUAGUAUAGAAAAAUUUUGCGCGUGUUCUCUUCCGAUGUAAUUUGUUGAAAGUAACUAGAGCAUUUCUGCGUGUUCGCGUGCAUAUCUCGAGAGGUUUGCGAUUAGAUGUUAGUCUCUGGAGAAUGUUCUUACAACGUAUUUAUAAAUAUCAAAAUAUUUAUUGCAUAAUAGAAAAGUACAUGUAAAACCAAAGUAUCGUGUUCCUUAACUUAGCGGUAUCUUAUAUAACUAUGUUCUACAAAUGAAUAUGUUACUUCUAUAGAUGUAACUUGUGAAAAUAAAAUAUAAAUUUACGUGA